AUGUCAAAGCUCGAUGAAAAAAUAUCAGAUCUUUUAGUGCUCUCAAUUGCUGGGUCUCAAAAAGAGCAGAAAUCAGCAGAAGCAGAGCUUGAGAUUCUUAGCCAAGACAAGAAAUCAAUAUUUACAAUUUUAAGCAGAUUAUUAGCAAAUCCAGAUACUCCACAGAUUCUUAAAAGUUCAGCUGCCUUUCACUUAAGACAAACAAUUAGAAAGGCAAUUGAAUGCAAUGAACUCGACUCAGAGGUUCGCCACUUAUUAUUUAACUCUAUUUCAGCUGCAUUAGUAAGUCAAAACUUGGAUACAGUCACUAAAGGGGCUUUACAAUAUUCCCUAAAUCUUGUUAUUACUGGGGAGUGAAUAGAAUCAUUAAAGCCCUCUAAAGAAAAAUUAGAGGAAAAUAAAGCAUCAUCUGUAGGAAAAAAGAGUGCAAAGAAAUCUAAAGAAAGCCUACAAUUUUCAGCUCAAUCUGUAUCUAAAAUCAUGAAAAAAUUCAAAAUAACUAAACGAAUCGGAUCUGGCGCUCCUGUUUACCUCGCUGCUGUUUUAGAAUUUUUAGCUUCAGAAAUGCUUGAGCUUGCAGGAAAUGCUGCAAAGGAUUACAAAAAAUCUAGAAUUGUUCCUAAACACAUACAAUUUGCAAUUAGAAAAAACAAAGAACUGAGUAAGCUAAUUAUGAAUAAAAGUAUUGAAGAAAAUAUAGCAAACAUUUUAGAAAGGCAGAAAAAAGAUGCAGAAACUCAUGAGCAUUAA